AUGGCGGAAUCCAGCAAGGCUAUCAACCCUAUGAAGGAGCUCAAGGUCGACAAGCUCGUCGUCAACAUCUCGGUCGGUGAGUCGGGUGACAGACUGACCCGUGCCACCAAGGUGCUCGAGCAGCUCACCGGUCAGACCCCCGUCACCAGCAAGGCCCGUUACACGCUCCGUGGCUUCGGUAUCCGCCGUAACGAGAAGAUCGCCUGCCACGUCACCAUCCGCGGCCCCAAGGCCGAGGAGAUCAUCGAGCGUGGUCUCAAGGUCAAGGAGUACGAGCUCCGCCGCCGCAACUUCUCCGACACAGGCAACUUCGGCUUCGGUGUCACUGAGCACAUUGACUUGGGCAUCAAGUACGACCCCUCGAUCGGCAUUUUCGGUAUGGACUUCUUCGUCUGCAUGACCCGCGCCGGUGCCCGUGUCGCCCGCCGCAAGCAGCGUGUCGCCCGUGUCGGUGCCCCCCACCGUGUCAAGAAGGAGGAGACCGCCGCUUGGUUCAAGCAGCGAUUCGACGGUAUCAUCAUGCGCUAA